AUGCCGACAUUGUAUAAACUUGUCACCAAAUGUGUUAAUGUAAAACUGGCUGAUUUUGUCGAGGCAUUUGGCCUAAUUUCAGACAACCAACUUGGAACGAGGAAGUAUUGUCAAGGCGCCAAGGAGCAAGCUCUCAUUAACCAAUGUUUGAACAAGGAGUACGGGAAUGGCCUUUAUUCUGCUUGGGUCGAUGUGAAGAAAGCAUAUGACUCAGUUGAUCAUGAUUUUUUGUUUCACGUUUUGGAUUGUUCUGGAAUCCCGCUUUGGAUCGUGAACUUUGUGAAGAGCGUAGUUAAGAAGUGGGCAGUAAAGCUGCAUAUGGAAGGUAGAAGAAUUGGAUCAGUGAAGUUAAACCGAGGAAUUUUACAGGGAGACUCAUUGUCUCCUUUACUAUUUGUUAUGGUAUUAGAUCCUCUAAGCAGGAUCCUUAAUUCCGUGUUUCCAAAACUUGAAAUUAACCAGGAAGAUCCCAAUAUGUUAACAUAUUCUACUAAUCAUUUGCUAUUUAUUGACGAUCUAAAAAUAUUUGCUCUCAAACAAGACACUUUACUCAAAAUGAUGGAAGCUGUUAACGGAUUUUUUAAAAUUGUUGGUUUGGAGAUGAAUUCAGAAAAAUCAGCGUCUAAUUUGGAAUCAUUACCAUGUUGUAAGACUAUUGACGGAAUCAAUGGAUAUCGGUAUUUGGGUGUACUUGAAGAUGGUGGAAGCAAUGUUCUUAAGAAUAGAGUUAUGGACUCUAUCUUGGAGAAUGUUAAGAAGAGGAUAACUAUGCUAUCGAAAACAAAACUCAACUCUGUGAAUCUGUUUCGUGCUAUAAAUGAAUAUGCAUUGUCACUAUAUAAUUAUUAUAUUGGGCUAAUCAAUAUUGAACCUUCUGAAUUUGAUGAUAUUGACAGACAAAUACGCCAAUUGCUUACGUCGCUCAGAUUACAUCUCAAACCUGCAAAUAAAGAGAGACUGUAUUUAAACCGGAAGGCUCUUGGAAGAGGGCUUUCAUCAGUUACUUUCAAAAGUGAACUAAUGCUCUUUCAGUUCCUUACGAGUCUGGAAAAUAUGUCAACUAUAUGCUUACGGAGGGCGGGGAUUCUGCGUGUAAUUAAAAUGAAUAAAUGGCAUUUGGCUAUGAUCGCAGGAUUUCUAUCCUCCAAAUAUGCAAUUAUUGAUAAGAAGAGUAUUACUAUGGAGUCUCUAAAGUCCAAAUGGCUAUCUAAUGGAAAUAAUGGGCCACGAAGCGAAGCAUUGUAUUGUCUUUUGCAAGAUCGAAACUUGUUCUUUGCAUCCGCUGACUCAUUAUGCAAUCAUUGUAAGAAAAGCAAGAAAACUGUUGACCACAUGGCUACUCAGUGUGGUAAAAUGCUCAACAGUGAUUAUCUCCGGAGACACAACGAAGUUGUGAAGUGUAUUCACCUUAACUUGUGCCGAAUGUAUGGACUCAAAAAAGCAAGACGAUUGAAGGGACAUUCUGUUCAGUCAACACUGUCGACGGGAAAAGUUGAAAUCAGGGUUGAUUCUACAAUCCUCACCGAAACAAAAGUAGAAUAUAACAAGCCAGAUAUCUUUGUCCACGACAAAGUCAGAAACGAAAUAAAUCUAAUUGAAGUGGGUAUUACUUCACAGGAUCGCCUCAAGCAAGUGGAGGUUGAAAAGUGUCACAAGUAUGACCUAUUGGCAAAUCAUAAUUAUGAAAUUCUUGAUUAA